AUGGCUCAUGAUAGUACACCUAGUGCACUCCUACAAUAUCAUAGCGGACGAGAAAUUCACCCCAUUUUCCGGGAGAGAAUCAGCGUUCAAAGCGUACAGGCCGAUGAUUUGGCUCUCACAGCGUCAUCUACUGUACAAGAACGAAAAAAAUUCACAUUAAUGUCGAAUCAGCCAAUACUCACUCAAGUCAAUCGAAGUCGACUUAGUUCAUCGGAGAUAGCUGGUAAACAAGACUUUAAGGUGGCUGAUAUUACUUUGGCUGGAUGGGGAAGAAAAGAAAUAAAACAAGCUGAAAGUGAGAUGCCUGGACUAAUGCAGCUGAGGAAAAAAUUUAAAGUAACAAAACCGUUGACUGGCGCACGUAUUGCUGCGUGUUUACAUGUUACAUGCGAGACUGCUGUUAUGCUAGAAACGCUUAUUCAGUUAGGAGCACAAGUACAAAUUAGCAGUUGUGAUUUACUUUCUACGCAAGAUCAUAUUGCAGCAGCAAUUGCCGAAAGUAAUGUACUAAUUUAUGCAUGGCGUGGACAAAAGGAUAAAGAUCAUAAAGACGGCAUGAAAAAGGUAGGAGUGAGAAGACUUUAUUCUUGUUUUUGUAACGAUGCUGGCCACGAAAUGACCGGAACGAAUAAGGUUAACGAUCGACUCACUCUCUUUUUCGAUUAAUAACGGUUUCGUAUGUAGUAAAAACGUAUUUCGAAUUUGAUUCUGGGUAUAAUCAAAUACUUUUUUAUUGAAACAACUACAUACUUUCCUUUUUGCUUCGACGACUAAAGGAAUAAGUUCGAGUACCGAAAACACCUGUAGAACACUCUAGUCAUUUUUUGUGUCUUAAUAAAAAUUAUAUAUAUGUUUAAAAAAUAUAUCAUUGGAUGAAAUUCUCUACAGACUGAGCUAGUCAGCACAUCUCGACUGGUGGGACCAGUCACUAAACACAUGCAAAAGAACCAUUGGAGUACGGAAAACAGCUCUAGAACACUAUUUUAGAAGUCGUUUCUGCCUUAAUAAAAAAUUAUAUAUUUUUCAAAAAGAUACUGUUCGAUAGCCCUUGAAGAGUUAGUCAAAAUAUCUUGACUGAUGAGGUCAGUCACCGAAGACAACAGAAACGUAGGGGUGUUAUAUAUGCAGUACCGUGUGUCAUAAUCCUAAGAACUCCUUUCUUUUUGAUUUUCCAGUAAAAGCUCGAACCAAUCUGAAUACUGUUUAUACCCAGAAUCGAAUUCGAAAUACGUUUUUACUACAUACGAGACCGUUAUUAAUCGAAAAAGAGAGCGGGCCGAUCGUCAACCGUAUCCGUUCGAGUCCUUUUCAUUGAACUGAACUGAACUGAAGUUUUAUUUUUGCAAGCAUGGUUGUUACAAGGGAUGGCUAACUUAUGCUAAUGCAACACCGAAAAUAGUGAAGAAAUAAAGAAAUACUAAAAAAAUUCCUUCGUCAACCAUUAGCUGUUGACAAAAAAAUCACUUAAAAUGGUUGCUCAUUCUCUCGUGGGGUGAGUUGUAUUUGAGAGAACAGAGCAAACAGGUCUGAGGAAUAACCUUUCGCGGUCCGUGAUAAAAUCUUAAGUUACAGGGUGACCCAAAAUUACGCGAUAUUUCUUUUUGAAAUUUCAAACAAAUUUAUUUUCAAAAAACAACAUAAUAUUUAUUCAAAAUGUCCGCCCUCUGCUUCGAUCACUUCAUCUAAUCGCCUCAUCCAAUCGUCAAUGGCUUUGUUGAUAAUCUCCUGGUCCAAGUUGUUGAAGGCAUCUUCUAUCACUUGCUUCAACGAAUCAACA